AAAAAACCCAGAAAAUCCAAUCCAUUCAAGGCCUCUCGAUCUUUCUGCUUUCUUUUCCUUAAACUAUUCUGCCACACUUCCUUUCCCCCCCUUACAGUCUUACAGAGACAGAAAGAUCAGAGAGUGAAGACAUGGCUAGCUGCAGCAUGGCAUCGGCUGCUUCAGGGUUUUUGCCAACACCCAAUGUCACAGGGAAUGCAAGCUCAGCUUCUAAGAGCAACAUGGUGUUUUUCCCUUCAAAGAACAACAACAACAAUUCAAGGCUUGUUGUGAAGGCAGCUGAGGAGGCUGCAGCACCAGCUCCAGCUCCAGCUACCACGACCCCACCACCAGAAGGAGGUAAGGCCCCUAAGCCUAAGCCACCGCCAAUUGGACCAAAAAGAGGCGCCAAGGUCAAGAUUCUUAGGAGGGAGUCCUACUGGUACAACAGCUUUGGAUCAGUUGUUGCAGUUGACCAGGACCCCAACACACGGUACCCAGUUGUGGUUCGAUUCAACAAAGUUAAUUAUGCCAAUGUAUCUACGAACAACUAUGCAUUGGAUGAGAUUGAAGAAGUUAAAUGAGUUACUGUAGCAUUUGUAAUUUUGUUUUUCAUUAUCAUAUCGCCUUCUCCUCUCUAGCUUAAGCUUGUUUGUGCCAAAAACAUGUACAAGAUUAUCAUCUUCUCUCUGUCAUUUCUUGUCUUCUUUUCCUACUUAUGUUUCAACCAUCAGCGAUAAAAA